AUGGUUCCCGUUCGGCUUCACCUCUGGGACAUGCAUGCAAAGUGGCACUGUGGAUGGAAUUCCGAAGCACAUCGUGAUAUGUUCCGAAAGCAUGCGAUAAUCUUCGUGGUGGACCUGGAGUACAACGUGGAUCUUUUUGAGAUUAAGUGCUUGCUGAACGGACCUGCGUCGGAGACGGGCUCAGCAGAGAGAGUCCUGGUGGGCAACAAGGCAGAUGCUGCUGCUCCUGGCAACACCGAAGAGGCCGAGGCUUUCGCUACGGCGAACGGCUUGACGUACUUCGAGGCCUCUGCCAAAGAUCACGAGAGUGUAGACGCGGUCCUUCGGCACAUCCUGCUUUCCGUGAUGGACAAGCUGGAGCUAAACCUAACGCGUGUUGGCCCACCGCCACGUCUAGACCGGUCGCGCUGCGCUUUGCAAUAA